AGUUGCGCAAAAACCCUAGCACCGGUCCCAUCUCCUUCACAACUCUGCGAAAAUGCCGCCAAAGUUCGAUCCCUCUCAGGUAGUCGAAGUUUUCGUCCGAGUCACCGGAGGUGAAGUCGGAGCGGCGAGUUCACUCGCUCCAAAAAUUGGUCCACUCGGUCUUUCUCCUAAGAAAAUCGGUGAAGACAUUGCUAAGGAAACUUCAAAGGACUGGAAGGGUCUCAGAGUCACCGUCAAGCUCACUGUCCAAAAUCGUCAAGCUAAGGUAUCAGUUGUACCUUCCGCUGCCGCACUUGUGAUCAAGGCUUUGAAGGAACCUGAACGUGAUAGGAAGAAGACGAAGAAUAUCAAGCAUAAUGGAAAUAUCUCGCUUGAUGAUGUUAUCGAGAUUGCUAAAGUUAUGCAGUCUAGAUCUAUGGCUAAGGAUUUGAGUGGAACUGUGAAGGAGAUUUUAGGCACUUGCGUGUCUGUUGGUUGCACGGUUGAUGGAAAGGAUCCAAAGGAUUUGCAGCAAGAGAUUUCUGAUGGCGAUGUAGAGAUUCCUGAGAAUUGAAGAUCUGAAAAGAACGGAAUCGUGAUUCUGUUUGCAGGAGAAGGUUAAAUUCUGUAUUUUUUUUUCAAUAUAAUAGUUCUAAAGUUUGGAUUUAUCAGAUGAUACAGAAUCCUCUGUUGAGCCAGAAUUUGAUAAAAUGUUUGUUUCAUUUUGCAUUAUUAGGAUUUUGAAAUGAUCAUCUAUAUCUAUUCGAAUGCUUUUAGCUUGAA